AUGGGCAGUCUCAUUGACACAUUCUGGACAGAUACCCUGGAUUUUUUGGACCCAGCAGUUGUCAGUAACGAAGAACCCGAACCGAACUCUCCCGGAUCAACCAAAUCAGCUGCCAGCCUAGACUCUUUGCUACAAACCACGUCUACUGAUACCUCCAGCUCAUCUCCACCCGACCUCCCUUGGAAAGAUGAAGUAGACGAGGAAUCGCUGCAACCAUCACCAGAAAGAGUUGCCUCACUCUCUAGGGACCCCGAUUUGCAGAUAGCUGAAAAUGGUGCGUGGUCACAGAAACUCAAGAGUAAAUCUCAAGGAAAUAUUGCUGUAGACUUACUGCAUGAGUUUAAUGAAACCGAACGUAACAUCCUGUCUAAUGGACUAGAGGAACAACUCGCUAGCGUUGACAACGCCUGGACAGCUACAGUGGAACUGCCAGACUCCGACAGCACUGAAACGGGUUCCGAGGGUGAAAAUGCUCCUACCCCGACCACUACAUUGCGGAAGCGUUGUCGAAUGCUCAUCGCGGGACGAGCGGAGGUGGUUGAGGAUCUAGGUAGCUCGGAAGAAGAUGAUCAAGCUCCUCUAAAAAAGGCAGUUCACCGGCAUUACCAACUGCAGACAACUGAUGACACCAAACCCUGGUGGCCCCUGCGCUCCGGCUCAGUUCAGCAGCGACUGGAGGCGAGAGAGCUGGAAGGUGGAGGUGUUGCAAGAAACAGAAGACAACUUGAACUUUGGGAGUUUAUUCUCCGCUCACUGGAUGCAAAACCACUUAAUUGUACCUCUUCGGCUUUUGAAUGGGUUGAUCGUUCCGUGGGAGUAUUUCGAGUAACAAAUACACAAAAAGCGGCAAAGGAAUGGGGUCAUUACAGGGGCAAUUCCAGAAUGGACUAUGAAAAAAUGGCACGUGCAAUGAGGUAA